CUUUCAGUCGCCCCUUUUCAAACUCGUACUCUCCCUUCCGCUGCGAUGGCGGAUUCGUCUCGACCGUCGAUUCUCGACCGCCAUCUUUUCCUCUCCAUCCGUCCGCCUUCCGGUCGACGCGAUUGACUGAAGUCAUCUCUCCAUCUCUCCUUCGGAUCUCUCACUCCUGCUUGAAUUUCAGCUGAUGAGACAGGGUUCUGCUGGCGGAUGGCCGAGAACAGAAGUAAUUUCCAUCCUCCAUUAGACAAAAAUACAUUGGGGUGUGGAGGUACCUUGCCUUACAUAAGAUGGUCGAAGGAUGCUAUAGGGAUGAAUAGUGGAUCGUGCAAUCCUUUUUACAUUAAUCAAGCAGACACUUCAAAUCUUAUAUCAACUGAGGGCCAUCAAACAGAUUAUGGAGUCUCACAACCUGGUUUUUCUGAGUUCAAGAAACAUCUCAAUUCAGGGUUAUGUUUCGGAGCUAGUUCUGGUCACCAUGCUGGUUUCUUGAUGCAGUCCGGAAGUCUUAGCUAUAACGGAAAUGUGAAUAGCGUGUCCGAGCAGAAGAUUUCCUUUAAUGAGCCUAAUGACACUGGUGUUAUAACUAGAAAGUUGACAGGCUCUACAUUAGGUCCUUAUAAUGUAGUCAGGGACAGCCUAGAUGGUGGAUAUGGGACUUCUCCUAAUGCACAUCUGCAGGCAUUUGCGAUGGAUGCUCAUCAGGUACCUCUGAAAGAGGUGAAUGAUAACCCUGUAGAUAAUUUUCCGAUACACAAUUACAAAGAAAAUUAUACAAAUCACAUAAAUGAGGUGCCGCACAUGCACAGAUUUGAUUUAGCGGCUCAAUAUGGGCCCCACAUUAAUGUUGCUGUAAAUAACCAAUCAUUGGGAUUUGAAAGUGAAGACUGCCCAACUUCAAAGAAUGCUCUGGAGAGUAGCUUGCAUGAUGAUGAAGUCAGGGAGCUGAAGAAACUUGACAGUUUUGGAAGAUGGAUGAAUAAAGAAAUUGGUGGGGACUGUAAUGACCCACUGAUGGCUUCAGAGUCCUGCAGUUACUGGAGUACCCUUGAUACCAAUAAUGACAACAAAGAAGUCUCCAGCUUAUUGCAUCAUAUGCAGUUGGAUGUCGGUUCAAUGGGCCCUUCCCUUUCCCAAGAUCAGCUAUUUAGCAUUCUUGAUUUCUCACCAGAUUGGGCUUAUUCCGGCACUGAAACAAAGGUUUUGAUCUCAGGUACAUUUUUGUCGGGCAUCAAGCAUCCUAGCAGCAUCAAGUGGUGUUGUAUGUUUGGUGAAGUAGAGGUUCCAGCUGAAGUUUUGAUAACUAGUGUCCUUCGAUGUCAAGCUCCUGUGCAUGCCCCUGGACGGGUUCCGUUUUAUAUCACCUGCAGUGAUAGGUUGGCCUGCAGUGAGGUCCGGGAGUUUGAAUAUCGUGAAAAUCCUACGUUUUCUAUAGCCACUAAAAGCAAACCUGAAGAUGAAAUGUGUCUUCAAAUACGUCUUGCAAAGAUGCUAUUCCUUGGAGUGGAAAGGAAAUGGUUGGAUUGUUCUAAGGAGAAAUGUGAGAAAUGCAGCCUACAUGAUGAUAGAUCUUCAAAGAGAAAUGAUGAUGAAAACGAGUGGGGCAGGAUAGAGACGGCUUUGAAGGCCUUAGACAAAAAUUGUGAGAAUCCUAGAGAUGCAUUAUUGCAGAAGUUUCUGAAAGACAGGUUGCAUGAGUGGCUAGUUUGCAAAGCUCAUGAAGAAGGGAAAGGACAAAAUGUGUUAGAUGAUGAAGGCCAAGGAGUCAUUCACUUGGCAGCUGCUCUUGGGUACGAAUGGGCAAUGUCUCCCAUAGUUGCUGCUGGUGUCAGUCCCAGUUUCAGGGAUGCUCGUGGCAGGACAGGGCUUCACUGGGCUGCAUAUUUUGGCAGAGAGGAAACAGUUGUGACACUUGUUAGACUGGGCGCUGCUCCUGGUGCUGUUGAGGAUCCAACAUCAAAAUUUCCUGAAGGACGGACAGCUGCUGAUUUAGCAUCUAGUAGAGGCCAUAAAGGGAUUGCUGGGUAUUUGGCCAAAGCAGAUUUGAUCAGUCAACUUUCCUCAUUGGAACUCAAAGAAAGUGUCAUGGACACCGUCUCUGCGACUCUUGCUGGAGAUAAGGCCGUGAAGACUGUACAGGAGCAAAGCAUCAACCCUAUAGUUGGAGAGAAUGAGGACUUGCUAUCUCUGAGGGGGCCUCUUGCUGCUGUGAGGAGUUCUGCUCAAGCUGCUGCUCGAAUUCAAGCUGCGUUCCAUGUUCACUCAUACCGCCAAAGGCAGUUAACUAAGAGCAGCGAUGAAGAUUCUGAAAUUUCAAGUGAACUAAUGGUACUUGCUUCUCUGAACAAGGCCCAAAAGGUGGAUCACUUCAGCGAUUCCAUGCAUGGCGCAGCUGUAGGACUCCAACAGAAAUAUCGUGGUUGGAAGGGAAGAAAGGAGUUUUUAAAGAUACGCAACCAUAUUGUGAAAAUUCAGGCACACGUCGGGGAGCAUCAAGUUCGCAAGCAAUACAAAAAGGUCGUCUGGUCUGUUAGUAUUGUUGAAAAGGCUAUAUUACGUUGGAGGCGGAAAAGAACCGGACUGCAAGGCUUCCGAGCCAGUGGGUCGAUUGGAAAUGCGGAACUGGAGAUUGGGGAGGAGGCUGAUGAAUACGAGUAUCUGCAUGUUAGCCGUGGGCAGAAAUUGGCUGGUGUAGAGAAAGCUCUGGCAAGAGUCCAAUCCAUGGUUCACUACCGAGAAGCACGUGAUCAGUACAUGAGACUCGUGGCGGCGGAUCCCCAAAAAUCAAAGAUGGGAGAUGAAGAAGAUGCAUCGAGCGAUGGUUUCGACUUUAGUAGAAGGUGAAGCAGACAAGAGUGUACUUUUGCCUAUAACAAACUGAACUGUAACUGUCCAAUUAUACCAAUCCUGGAUUCAGCGAUCAACGCCUUGGGCCUCAACAAAGCUAAUCGGAUUCCACCAUACCUGUAAGUAUAUCUUACAUGAUGAACGGCGUAGAUUCAAGGGUUUCCUUUUUAUUUAUUUGUCAAAUAUGAAAAGAUAAAAGGGCAAAUUUAUACAUGUAUGAUAUCAAUAGGGCUGCCAAUUUUCCUUGUAAAACACUAAAUAUUAUAAUCAUCAAGGUGUUAGUGGUCCAACUUUCAAUUGCAGCCA